AUCGUUAUCCUGUAUGCUCCCGUGUGAGGAAAUUGAUGCGUUAUAACAGGGGAAGUCUUUCUGGCGGUAUUACGUUGCGAUUUUCAUGCUAUUUUUUUUUAUUACGCGAAAACAAGAAGGAUUUUGCUUUUUGGCAAGCGUGUUUUACCUGAUGUUUACACUGUAUCUCGUGAGCGCUGCAUGCCACAUCGCCUAACCUCCACAAGGCAGUGCGUGACAAUUCAAUUUUACUGCGUUCUUUAUUCGCUUAUAGAUUUUCUUCGUUUUGUAAAGCGAUAAUAAUGGCAGGAUGUUAUGACAAAUUGUCUUGGACAGACGUACGCGACUUAUUGAGAACUUGGAGAGAAGAUUCUGAACGACGAAGUAAAGAUGUAGUGGACUUUUGGGAAAAUACAUUAAUGGGAAAGAUUGACCGUCUAGGCAAUGAAAAGUAUCUGGUUUUGGAACAAGUAUGUGUAGCUGCAUUGGACUGUUAUCGAUUACCAUUAGCUGAAUAUUGCAUCAAAAUUUUAAUGCGUGCAUUUCCUGGUAGUUUGCGUGUUCAUAAAUACCAUGCCAUGCAUUUGGAAGCAUUAGAAAUGUAUGAUGAAGCAAUGGAAGUUUUGGAUUCAAUCAUAAAAAGAGACGAAACUAAUGCCGCGCCAAGAAAACGUCGUGUUGCUAUUUUGAAAGCUCGAGGACGUAUUCCAGAAGCAAUCAAAGAGCUUGCAGAGUAUUUGAAAAGAUUUAUGAGCGAUCAAGAAGCAUGGCAUGAGCUGUGCGACUUGUAUUUACAAGAACAGGAGUAUUCCAAAGCAGCAUAUUGCAUGGAAGAACUUAUAUUACAUAAUCCACACAGUCAUUUAAUUUACCAAAGAUAUGCGGAAAUAAAAUAUUCUCAGGGCGGAUUUGAUAAUAUGGAGCUAGCAAAAGCAUAUUUCUGUCAAGCUGCAAAAUUAAAUCCAAAUAAUAUUAGAGCUCUAUACGGCUUAUUAUUAACCACAAACAAUAUUGCAACAUCACCUAAAUGUCCUGCAUCUAAAAAGAAAGAAGCACUGAAACUGAGUGAAUGGGCUAGUAAACAAAUCGAAAAACAAUAUGAAAAUAAAGUUUCAAAUCAAGAUGUUAAAAAUAUAGAACGUUUACUAGGACAAUUGCAACUUGAAGCUUAGGUACUAUUAUAUAUACUAUUAUAUUUAAUUUUGUGACAUUUGUAAGUGAUAUAUGUUUGAAGAUAUUGCAAUAACGAUUUCCAAAGAAUUUAUCGAACACAAAGAAAUUUUAGAAAUGUUUUUUAAGUCUGUGUAGAAAAAAAGAAUAAUAAUAUCUGACCAGAGUUGAUAUAUUCAAACAGUAUUUCUUGUUCUAUUCUUCAUUAUAACAUACAUCAAUUUUUAGAUAAUUUUAUCUUACUCCAUAUAAUUUUGCUAAUGUACAAUUAUAUGUUAAUAUAUUAGUUAAUUAAUCUAUAUCAGUACCGUUGUCACAUUUUAUAAAUGCACCAAGUGUAAUUACCUUUUCAAUGUACAUUCAUAUUUCCGUAUCUUAUUGUACAUGUUAUUCAAUGUAAUAAUCAUUGAUUUUGUGCGAUUGUGGUCACUCAAUAUUGUGACUUGUUCAAUAUCUUUGUUGUUUUGUUAUUAAUUAAAUAUCGGUUACGUUACAUAACGCAAUAAAAAACAGCGUUGAUAAAUUA